UGGAGAGGAUAGGGUUUGUCCUUGAGUACAAUAAUAUGACUGCUGUUCUUUCAGAAGCCAUUGUUUGUGGUAUUCCUCUAAACUGUGAUUUCAACAUUCUUAAUCGUUCCGAUUUUGAGCUAGAUAACCUUAAAUUAAAAGCUAUACACUCAGACCUGGUCCUUGAAGAAGAUACUUUCUUCAUACAAGAAGAAAAGGUAUACGCCUGCAACACGUUCAACCACUCUCGAACGAGGCGCCACAGUCAAACAUUCUUUAAAUACGACCACAUACAGGGUAUUCUGAGCCAUGUGACGUCUGGUGUUUCCUUGGUCAGCCUACUGAUCACACUGGUCGUGUAUUCACUGCUGCCUGAGCUAAGAAAUCUACCCGGUCGUCUAAUCAUGUCGUUGUCUGCCUCCCUUCUGGUAUCUCAAACCCUUCUACUUCUCAUCCGUCAACCCACUGGAGUACUGUGUCAGGCCCUAGCAAUAGCUCUGCAUUUCUCUUGGCUCUGUUCCUUCAUGUGGAUGACGGUCAUGUCAUUUAGUGUGGCUAAUACUUUCCAAAGCAAAACAAAACAGGCACUGGCUCAGAGGACCAACAAAACGUAUACACUCUUCAGUCUCUUUGCAUUCGGAAUUCCAGUAGUGGUUGUUGGUGUCUCGGUUCUUAUUGAUGUCCUUGAUGUCCCUGGUAUAGUUAUUGGUUAUGGAGUAUCAGGAGUAUGUUGGAUCUCUAAUCCAACAGCAGCACUCUUGAUAUUCGGACUUCCAGUUGGUCUUAGCAUUGUAGCCAACACAAUAGCUUUUGUCGUUACAUACUACAACAUUGACAAGAGUCUGAGACUUUCAAAGAACGUGACAAGUACUGGGAAGGACAAAUGCCGUAUCCUCAUCUACAGUAAGCUGUUCAUCAUAAUGGGUGUUACGUGGGGAUUCAGCUUCAUUGCAGGAUUUGCUGAUGUAAGAUCCCUUUGGUACAUCUUCAUCAUUAUGAACGGACUUCAAGGUUUGUACAUAUUAUUAAGCUUCAUCUGCACAGACAGGGUUAAAUUAAUGCUAAGACAGAAAUUUGCAGGCAAGGAAUCGCAACAUGACAUGACUUCGACUGUGUUCACAAGUACCGCAACCAAAACAUAAGACUGGGGAGCAACGUGUUCUUCUCCAUUAACUGAAAAUGUCGAGCUCGAGGGAUCGUAUGAAAUCUUCGAAAAUGGGGAUGUCGAUACAUAAUGAUACAUUUUUUUGUUUUUGGUCUGAGAAAGUUACAUGGGGAUGAGAAAUAGUUGUAAAAAUGUGAAUAAACUUUCAAAAGAAACUUUGACCUUGCCUCACAUAUGCAUGCUUAUAUGCGUACAUACGACGUACAUAAAUAAUAAUUAAGAUAUUUGAUAACACGUUCAUAACGGUCAAUUAUUACACUGAACACGUUUGCGUAAAUCGGGCACAAUCAUCAGAGGGAAACGCUCUGUCGUACAGUGGUUUGCCUGACCUCACCUGCAGCCGCUAGGAGGUGAAGGGCAGGAUACCGACCCAUUUCCCCAAACAGUAUUUCG